AUGAACUGGAGGCCAGCUCUCAGCUUAGCCCUGCUGUGGGCAGCGUGGCUAGUGUGCGGCUCUGAGAAGACGGGGAGGCUAGUGGAGAGAGGGAGCCAUGGAGUUAGGAAAGUGCUCCUGGCUUACAGGGCUCCAAGCAGCCUCCUGAGAAGGUCUGGAGCAUCUCUGAGGAAUUCAAGCCUGAAUCCCCAACACCCUGUCACCAAGAGGGAUUCUUCAGCACCUCCAAAGGCACCUGCCAAUCUCCUGCAGAGGGAAGCGCGUUCCCAGGCCAGGGGCAUGGGGACCAGAACGAGACGGGUACAGAGACUCACAGCUGCAGCCAAAAACUCCAAGUCUGAGAUGAUUAAGGACGAAGGGAUAUCAUUUGCCCCACAGUCACGAGUGGUACGUUUCCCUUCGGGGUCAAGUUCUCCCAAUGUCCUGGCCAGCUUUGCUGGGAAAAAUCGGGUGUGGGUCAUUUCUGCCCCCCAUGCCUCUGAGGGCUACUACCGGCUCAUGAUGAGCCUGCUGAAAAACGAUGUUUACUGCGAAUUGGCUGAGAGGCACAUCCAGCAGAUUGUGUUAUUCCAUGAAGAAGGGGAAGAAGGGGGAAAAGUCAGAAGGAUAACCAACGAAGGAAAAAUCCUGGAGCAGCCACUAGAUCCUGCCCUCAUACCUAAGCUCAUGAGCUUUCUGAAACUGGAGAAGGGGAAAUUUGGCAUGGUGCUGUUGAAGAAAACUCUGCAGGUGGAAGAAAGGUAUCCUUAUCCAGUCAGGCUAGAGGCCAUGUAUGAAGUUAUUGAUCAGAGUCCCAUCAGAAAAAUUGAGAAGAUGAGGCAGAAGGGCUUCAUCCAGACUUGCAAAGCAGCUGGGGUGGAGGGACAAGUGGUUGAGGAAGGCAACAAUGGGGGCAGCACCCAGCCUACCCCUGCUGGUGGACAUGUCCAGGUGUCAGCAAGGAAGGAGGAGCCAAGGAGGAGCAAUAAUCAGCCAACAAGGACCAAAACAGUGAGGAAACCGACGACAACCACGGUGGCCUCUCUUCUGCCAACAGUAAGGACCACUACCCUCCCUCCCACCACCACAACUACCCGUGCCACCACCCGUGCAGUGACAACAGCAAGCCGGUCUAUGACAACAACUACACCGCUGCCCACCACGCAGCGGACCUGGACCACAAAGUCGCAUUCCACCACAGAGUACCACAGGCUGCCAGUAGCCCCCGAUGCCACCACACCACGAGUCACAGCCUCGGAGAAUUUCAACUCUCCUGUGUGGAAGGCAAACCGCAGGGACCGGCUGCGCAGCCACACGGAGAAAAAACUGGCAGCCACACGGAAACCAAGCAAAGCUGCCCGCUAUGACAGUUUCACAGAAGUCCCAACAGCUCCCUCAGUACACUAUACAAAGGCAAAUGUGGGUAGAUUUAAAGAUAAUCGAACAGACAGGAAGGACUAUAACCAUAGGGACCUGAAUGUCACACCAGGGCAACACAAACCAACUAAAACUAAACCACCAAAAAAGAAGGCCCAAGAAAAGAUACUGAGUAAUGAAUAUGAAGAUAAAUAUGACUCGAGCAAGCCUCCUAGUUCCCAUUUAGAGGAAGAGAUUGCAGCAGGAAAUACUCCCCCAAAGAAAGGAAAAGAAUCAAAGAAGCAUGAGCGAAUGGAUAAACCUGAGAAGAAGAAGAAGAAGGACAGACCUGACAAGCUGCAGAAGAGUGAGAAGCAGUCUAAGAAGGACAAAGCUGAGAAAAAGAGCAAGCAGGACAAAGACCGUAGCAAGAAGAACAAGAAGGGGAGCAGGACUGAAAAUGAGGAUUUCCCCAAGCCCAACAAGAAGCCUUUCCUACAGCCUCCCAGGAAAUCAGUGACUGACCUCCUGGAAUAUUUUGAAGGCAAAAGGCGGCUCAUUCUGAUCACGACCCCCAAGGCGGACAACACCAUGUACAUACAGCAGCGAGAUGAAUAUCUGGAAAGCUUCUGCAAGAUGGCAACGAGGAAGAUCUCAGUCAUUACAAUUUUUGGCACCAUGAACAAUAGCAGCAUGAAAAUUGACCACUUCCAGCUAGAUAAUGAAAAGCCCAUGAAAGUGAUAGAGGAUGAAGAUCUUGUGGACCAGCAGCUCAUCAGUGAGUUGAGGAAAGAGUAUGGGAUGACCUACAAUGACUUCUUCAUGGUGCUGACAGACACUGACAUGAAGGUCAAGCAAUACUAUGAAGUACCCAUAGCAAUGAAGUCCGUGUUUGAUUUGAUCGACACCUUCCAGUCACGAAUUAAAGACAUGGAAAGACAGAAAAAAGAGGGCAUUGUUUGCAAAGAAGAUAAGAAGCAAUCCCUUGAGAGCUUCUUAUCCAGGUUCCGAUGGAGAAGGCGGCUGGUGGUGAUCUCUGCUCCCAGUGAUGAGGACUGGGCUUAUUCCCAGCAGCUUGCUGCUCUUAGUGGACAAGCCUGCAAUUUUGGUCUGCGCCAUAUAACUAUCCUCAAAUUGCUAGGACUUGGAGAAGAUAUUGGUGGCGUUUUAGAGUUGUAUCCAAUUAACGGAAGCUCUACUGUAGACCGAGAAGAUAUCCCAGCUAAUUUGGUGAAAGACAUUAGAAAUUAUUUCCAAAUUAGCCCAGAAUAUUUCUCCAUGCUUCUCGUUGGGAAAGAUGGAAACGUCAAAUCCUGGUAUCCUUCUCCGAUGUGGUCUAUGGCGAUUGUGUAUGAUCUGAUUGAUUCCAUGCAGCUUCGGCGACAGGAAAUGACAAUUCAGCAAUCGCUUGGCAUGCAGUGCCCAGAUGAUGAGUAUGGUGGGUAUGGUUACCAUAGCUAUCACCAGGGAUACCAGGAAGGUUAUCAAGAUGACUACCGUCACCACGGAAGUUACCACCAUGGAUAUCCAUACUGAAAAGAGCAACUUAGCCUCCGACUGCCCCGUGUCCGUCUUCUAAUAGCUAUCCAAGCAAUAGGUGGCCAGUUGCAGAAAGUCUUUCCAGGCCACCUAGAUACCCAUGCCUCAUUCUUCCACUGUUCAAUCAAGGGACUUUGAUCAUUUGCCUUCUCAAAAAUGCAGAAGCCUUUACAGUGAAGCAAUUGAAACCAGUAGCAUUGAAGCUUUAAACAAUAAAGACUCCUUUAUAUUUUUAAACCUUUAUAAACAAAGGGCAUCAGCAGGUGCUGUUUGUAUUAAAACCAAACAAAAAAACCUCACAGCCCCAGUCCAUGGACACUACUGUAGGGCAGGACACACUCUGUCCGACAAAUAUUGCAAUGCUCUUUUUAGUAUUUUUUCUA